AUGCUAAAAGUCCUUAUCCCUACUCUAAUACUAAUUCCAACUGCCUGAUUAACCCCAGCCAAAUGACUUUGACCUACGACCCUUACCCACAGUAUACUAAUUGCACUAAUCAGCCUUUCAUGGUUAAAACAUGCAAUAGAAACAGGUUGAUCUACUUUAAACCUGUUUAUAGCCACAGACCCUUUAUCUACACCCUUGUUAGUUCUCACAUGCUGGCUUCUCCCCCUAAUAAUUCUAGCAAGCCAAAACCAUACAGCAACAGAGCCAAUCAACCGUCAACGCAUAUAUAUUUCACUACUUACAUCCCUCCAAAUCUUCCUCAUUCUAGCUUUCGGCGCAACUGAAGUUAUUAUAUUUUACAUUAUAUUUGAAGCAACUCUCAUCCCAACUCUAAUCCUUAUUACCCGAUGAGGGAAUCAAACAGAACGCCUUAACGCAGGUAUUUACUUCUUAUUUUACACCUUAGCAGGCUCCCUCCCCCUACUUGUUGCUCUUCUACUCUUGCAAAACUACACCGGAACACUCUCUCUAUUUACUCUACCAUUUUCCUGCCCUCUCCACCUUUCAUCCUAUACCGAUAAACUAUGAUGAGCAGGCUGCCUACUAGCAUUCCUUGUUAAAAUACCACUAUAUGGUGUACACCUUUGACUCCCCAAAGCACACGUUGAAGCCCCUGUUGCAGGAUCAAUAGUACUUGCCGCAGUCCUCUUAAAACUGGGUGGUUAUGGAAUAAUACGAAUAAUCGUUAUACUAGACCCCCUCACUAAAGACCUAAGCUACCCCUUUCUUAUCUUUGCAUUAUGGGGGGUUAUUAUAACGGGCUCAAUCUGUCUCCGUCAAACCGACCUAAAAUCCCUAAUUGCUUACUCUUCAGUAAGCCACAUAGGCUUAGUAGUAGGGGGAAUCCUAAUUCAAACCCCCUGAGGAUUUACAGGAGCCUUAAUUCUUAUAAUCGCUCACGGACUAACCUCUUCUGCCUUAUUCUGUUUGGCCAACACAAACUAUGAACGAACACAUAGUCGAACUAUACUCCUAGCACGCGGCCUACAAAUCGUCCUUCCUCUUAUAACAGCUUGAUGAUUCAUUGCCAGCCUUGCCAACCUUGCACUCCCCCCCCUUCCCAACCUUAUAGGAGAAUUAAUAAUCAUCACCUCCCUAUUUAACUGAUCUUGAUGAACAAUUGUACUAACAGGAGCGGGCACUCUUAUCACCGCAAGCUACUCCCUUUACAUGUUCCUUAUAACCCAGCGAGGACCCCUUCCCUCACACAUCAUUGGCCUCGACCCCUCCCACUCACGAGAACAUCUACUUAUAACACUCCACCUCCUACCAUUACUACUCCUCAUUCUUAAACCCGAAUUAAUUUGAGGCUGAGCCGGCU